CUCACAGCAAGUCCACGCGCCUCUCUCUCUCUUCUCUCUCUCUAAACGAACUUUCUCUGAUUAGAAUAUAAUUUCCUGGCAUUGAAUGAACUGUCCAAAAUUCUUCUCCUCUAAGCUUCCACACUUACCUUUUACCCUUUUCUAACACCGUCCUAAUUUCACUAUUUAGAUCUCAAAAUCUCUCUUUCGUCGCUCUCUGCAAGUGUUAAAGGAAAUGGCCGGCCGUUACGAUAGCAACCCUUUUGAUGAAGGAGAUGAAGUUAACCCCUUCUCUGAUGGAGGGGGAAAAGGAAAAGCAGCUGGUCAGUCAAAGUUUAGUAGAGGUUCAUUCUAUACAUCGAAUACUGGUAGCGUACCUCCUGCUUCAAAUUCAAGGCUGUCACCCCUUCCUCCAGAGCCUGCUGAUUUCUACAACCCUACAGCUUCAGUCGAUAUUUCACUUGAUAGUGCUUCGGAUCUGAAAAAGAAGGAGAGAGAGCUGCAGGCUAAGGAGUCUGAAUUGAAAAGGAGGGAACAGGAAGUAAGGCGGAAAGAAGAGGCUGUUGCACGAGCUGGUAUAGUUAUCGAGGAGAAAAACUGGCCUCCAUUUUUCCCUAUUAUCCAUCAUGAUAUUGCGAAUGAAAUACCAAUUCAUCUUCAGAAGCUGCAAUAUGUUGCGUUUACGACCUUGUUAGGACUUGCUUUUGCACUUCUAUGGAAUGUCAUAGCCGUGACUACUGCAUGGAUUAAACAAGGAGAUGCAAAGAUUUGGUUUCUUGCCAUUAUCUACUUCAUAUCUGGGGUUCCAGGAGCCUAUGUGUUAUGGUAUCGUCCUCUCUACCGAGCUUUCAGGAAUGAGAGUGCUCUGAAGUUUGGGUGGUUUUUCCUAUUUUACAUGCUCCACAUUGGAUUCGUCAUCUUUGCUGCCGUUGCACCUCCCGUUGUUUUCAAAGGGAAAUCUCUAGCAGGUAUACUGCCAGCCGUAGAUCUCAUAGGCCAGCAUGUUCUUGUUGGGAUCUUCUACUUCAUCGGUUUUGGACUCUUCUGCGUCGAAGCGGUUCUCAGCGUCUGGGUUAUACAGCAAGUCUAUAUGUAUUUCCGAGGCAGUGGCAAAGCAGCCGAGAUGAAGCAACAAGCUGCUAGGGGAGUCAUGAGAGCAGCAAUUUAAUUGUUGACGAGUUUGUUCAUAAAGCCGACUCUUUUCCGUAUCGAGCGUUCGUUUUUUCCUUUUCUUUUUCGGGAUGAUUGAAGGAAGUACAGUCAAUUUUUUCAUGAUAGUAAAGAUUUUGGGUCUAGAAAGAAGAGAGAGAAAGGUAUAUCCGCAUGGAUUAUUUUGGAGCUAUUUGUAUUUUUGUUGAUUCAUGAUUGUUUGCAUAUACUUUUAUACAAUACUCUCAUUAUUUGUUUCAUUUCAUGC